AAAUGUAGGACACUCACUCGUUUUCAUUCGGAGAUCAAGGCCAGCUGUUGGACAGUAAUCAUGUUCGGCUUUAAACUCUCUGUGCUGCUCUUCGCUGUAUGUUCGCUGAGUAAAUGCAGCGGUAGGUUUGUUAACUCCUGCAAAUAUCCACCUUCACAAUGGUGCGACUCUCAAGACAUUGCAGCCGAAUGCGGGGUGCUGGAACAGUGCAUGAAGUUUAACGUAACAAAGCCCAACGCUGUCCCGGUCAAUGUGAGCCUGUACUAUGAGUCUCUGUGUCCUGGAUGCAGACAGUUUCUUGUAACGCAGCUCGUGCCAACCUUCAUUAUGUUAACUGACAUUAUGAAUAUUGAGCUGGUUCCAUAUGGAAAUGCACAGGAGAAAGAAGAUCAAGGGAAGUAUACCUUCAUUUGUCAGCACGGAGAGGAUGAAUGUCUAGGUAACAUGAUUGAGACCUGCCUGUUGAAUACGUUAGGACCGAAUGCUAUUCCAGUCAUUUUCUGCAUGGAGUCAGGAGCAGAUGUGCUGAAAGCUGCCCAGCCUUGUCUUGGAGUCUAUUUUCCUGAUACAACAUGGGAUUCAGUCAUGAAGUGUGUGAAGGGAGACGAGGGCAACAAAUUAAUGCAUCAAAAUGCACAGAAAACAAAUGCUCUGAAACCCCCUCAUCAAUAUGUGCCUUGGAUAACUAUUAAUGGAGAACACACAGACGAUCUUCAGGAUAAAGCUAUGAGUUCUCUCUUCAAUCUUGUGUGCAGCUUGUACAAGGGUGCCAAACCACCUGCUUGUGGUCAAGGGUUGAAGAAGAAAGCCAACAGUUACUGCAUGAACUAAUCAAUCACUGUGAUAACAGCACUACUUAUGUCAGGAACGGAGACAAUGUAUGAAACACAAGUGCAUACAUGUUGCAGAGUUUUUCUAAUUUUAAUCAUUUUUUUUGUUGUUGUUUUUAUGUUUGUAUGUACAUGAAAGCCCAAUUUUGAACAUGGGUUUCUGCUGCAAACUACAACUGCUGACAACCAUAUUUUUAUAGUCACAUUUUAAACCGUUUUGUAUGCAUAAACAACAUUAAAAAGCAAGUUUCCGUU